AAAAAUUUAAUUGACAUGAAUCCAGAAUUGGUGGAGGGUUAAAGAUCUAGCAUGGUAAGUUUAUACUGUAUGUUCAAAACAUAGAUUCAUAGUUUCCUGAAAUGAGAUUAUGAAUGAAUAUGAAACUAAAAUGUUUUAAUUUUGUCAUCAUUUACUCUCCCUCAUGUCGUUACAAACCUGUAUGACUUUCUAUCUAUUGUGAGACACAACAGAAGAUAUUUUGAAGAAUGUCUCAGCUGUUUACAAACUGAGGCCAAACAAAAUAUGGUGACACGUCAAUAACAUCAAACCUCAUUAAUUCUUGCAUGUCACAGUCACAUGACUAAACAUCAUGAUGUCAUGACACAAACACCAGUGAAGUUUGAUGUUUUUGAUGUCACCAUAUUUGAUUUGGGUUCUGCAUUCAUGAGUUGAUCAAUGAUUUGUGAAUCGAAAUUUGGCUCUUUCAAAAGUAGCAUACUUUUAAAAAGUGUACUUAUGGAAAAAUAAUAUAGUUUAAAAGAAUAUACUUGUGUGAACUAAAUGUAAUGUUUUCAGACACACAACUGCAUGUUAAUUGCCAUUAAAUGAAAUGUAUUAUAGUUUAAUUUCAUAUUUAAAGCAAUUAACUGACCUUAAGAGGGAUUUUUUGACCCACUUAAGUAGGACUGAAAUAAAUCUUCACAUGUAAUUUCAUAAUUCUGUUGUCUUGAAAUAUGUGUAAAAAUAAAUAAAGUGUACUGUCAAAUGUACUAAGCAUGAAUGGUAAGCUAAAAUAUACUGUAAAUGAAGUUGCACUUUACUACUGUUACGAUCACCAGCUGGAGUGCCCUUGAUAGCCACCAGAAGGCACUCCACAUCAGACUAUUGUCAUUCCCUCACAAACUACAUUUCCCAUAACUCACUGCUUAGUCUCAUCAUCCAUGAUUGUCUUCAUCUGUGUCUUAUUAGCUCUUUACCUCUGCCUAUAUAAGUCUGUCAUUCAUUAUGAAAUCUUGUAAGUGUCAUGCUGCAUUUCUGAGUGCUACCUUGGUUUCCUGUCCUUAAUUUUUGACCCUGUUUGCCUGUUUUUGGAUUUGCACUGUUUGCCUAUCUCUUGUGGAUUUCCCUGUUAUGGUUGGACCAUGCAUCAAGCUCCGUUGGCUACGGAGCUUGGCCCACCAUGGUCACCAGCGUGUGCAGUUCUAAUGGUCGCUAGUCCUGUGCUUUCAGUGCCUUCCAGUCCUGUGAUCCCGGCACCAGAGCAUGUUUACAGCAUGGCCGCCAAGCCAAAGCCUCCAGCUAUCAUGGCCGUCACGCCAGAGCCUCUAGCCACCAUGGACGCCACGUCAGAGCCUCCAGCCGCCAUGGAUGCCAUGCCAGAGCCUACAGCCAUCUUGGACGCUACGCCAGAGCUGUCUAUUUUGUGUGUGGGCCACACACUACUCUCCAGCCCAUGAGUCCUCUACAGAGCCUGCUCCACCCAUGAGUCCCAUCCAGAGCCCACUCCAGCCCAUGAGUCCCAUCCAGAGCCCGCUCCAGCCCAUGAGUCCCAUCCAGAGCCCGCUCCAGCCCAUGAGUCCCAUCCAGAGCCCGCUCCAGCCCAUGAGUCGCAUCCAGGGGCCGCUCCAGCCCAUGAGUCCCAUCCAGAGCCCGCUCCAGCCCAUGAGUCGCAUCCAGGGGCCGCUCCAGCCCAUGAGUCCCAUCCAGAGCCCGCUCCAGCCCAUGAGUCCGCUCCAGAGCCCACUCCAGCCCAUGAGUCCUCUGCAGAGCCCACUCCAGUCCAUGAGUCUGCUCCAGAGCUCGGUCCAGUCCAUGAGUCUGCUCCAGAGCUCGCUCCAGCCCAUGAGUCCGCUCCAGAGCCCGCUCCAGCCCAUGAGUCCGCUCCAGAGCCCGCUCCAGCCCAUGAGUCCGCUCCAGAGCCCGCUCCAGCCCAUGAGUCCGCUCCAGAGCCCGCUCCAGCCCAUGAGUCCGCUCCAGAGCCCGCUCCAGCCCAUGAGUCCGCUCCAGAGCCCGCUCCAGCCCAUGAGUCCACUCCAGAGCCCACUUCAGCCCAUGAGAGCCUGCUCCAGACAAGCUUCAGCCCAGGUUUGCUCCAGAGCCCACUGCCCCAGAGUUCAGCCAUGUGUUGGUUCCAGCCUGUGAGCUUCCUGUCUGCCCUGAUGUGACCACAGAGGUUGUCCCAGAGUUUCCUGCCUGUGCUAACAUGACCACAGAGGUCAUGCCUGAGUUUCAUGCCUGCCUUGAUGCGACCACGGAGGUUGGCCAUGAACUUUCUGUUUGCCCAGACACUACCACAGAGGUCAUUCCUGAACUGCCUGUGUGCCUUGACACAACCGCAGAGGCCGUUUAUGAACUGCCUGUUUACCCUAAAAUGACCACAGAGGUCGACCUGUUGGUCCUGUUAUGACCAUGGAUGACACCCCUGAGCUCCCUGGUUGUUUUGACAAGGCCCCUGAGACCAACCCUAAACUCUCUGUGCUCUGUGUUACAGUUUCGCCUAAUCAGCCAUGGUGCUAUCCAGUUCCUUCAGAUCUACGCUGGGGGUCUUCGGCUCCACCGUGGUUGUCAUUGGCUCUGCCUGCUUCUCCACAGUGGUUACAAGCUACACCUUGGUGGCCCUCUGCUCCACCAAUGGGGUCUUCAGUCCCAUCAACUCAGCUGUGGUGGUCUUCUGCCACCACAGCUGAGUUGUGUCACCAGCUGGAGUCCCCUUGAUAGCCACCAGAGGGCACUCCACAUCAGACUAUUGUCAUUCCCUCAUGAACUACAUUUCCCAUAACUCACUGCCUGGUCUCAGUCUUGUAAGUGUUACAAUGCAUUUUUGAGUGCUCCUUUGGUUUCUUGUUCUUUGGUUUUGACCCUGUUUGCCUAUCUCUCGUGGUUUUCCCUUUUUGCCUGGGUUCCUGUGCCCUGUUAUGGUUUGGACGGUUUACCCUGUGUUUAUGAUCUUUUGCUGUUUUUAACUUCGAUUGUGGAUUACUCUUUACAUUACAGACGUCACACUGCACGUCUCCAGCUUCAACGUAACAGUCACCAGGAGGUUUAGUCUUCUUCAGUUUCUCCACCAUUUCAGCCAGAAUGGUGUUUUUACCUAAAGCAGGUCUUGGACUGAAGGUCUGUCUGCACUGAGGACAGCUGUAGACUCUCUUCUCAUCCUCCUGAUCCCAGCAGCAUAUAAUACAGCUCUUACAGUAACUGUGUCCGC